AUGGUGUUAAAUACGGAAUGGACACAAAUUGAAGUUAUUGAAUUAAUAAAUGAUGGAUCUGGAACGGGUCUCGGUUUUGGUAUUAUUGGUAAUAAAUCAACAGGUGUUGUGGUGAAAAAUAUAAUACCAGGUGGAAUUGUUGAUAAGGUAUAUAAAUAAACAAUUCUUUGUGAAUUAUAUAAAAAGUGACUAGAAUUCAAAAUAUCUGAUAAUUUUAUAAUUAAAAGAUUUAUGUAGGUAUGAAAAUAAUUACGAUUAUUAUUUAUAAUGUUAGAAUUAUUUGUUACCAUUAACAGUGUGUAUGCACAGGGUUAACAAUAUUAACAAAUCUUAUUUUAGACGUAAAAAUUUACGAAACGUGUCUUAAUUUUAUUGAGUGCGUCGUCGUCGUCGUCGAUCUUCGAUUUCUUGAUUUCUAUGUGCCAUUAUUUGUAAUGAAAUCCGUUCAUCUAAUAAAAUCAACAGCUGUUUUGUUCUAUUAACUGGCUUAGUAUUUAUAACUGAAAAAAAAAAAAAAAAAAAAAAAAAAAAAAAUUUUUUUUUUUUUAAACACACAAAAAGUUAAUUUUGGGGGAACGAAUAUAUAAAAAAGUUUAAUUAAAUUUUUUUUUAAAAAAAACAAAAGUAAAA